CAACAACCGAACGGUAAACAAGGGAAAUUAUUUCGUGUGAGUGAUAUGGACAAAUAGUUAACUUCCAAAGUAAAUUAAUUUGUUAUACAUCUUGGCGUUUCUUCAGAACGAUGAACAUGUCGAUUAAUGGCCCCAAUCUACCGGUAACUAUAAUGGGUAACGGACCGCACUACGUAACAUACCUUCUCAACGAGUCUUUAAGCAACACUGCCGGUUGGAAUUCUUCCCAAAAUGAAAACAACACUGACGACUAUAACAACCAAACGCUAGACUACAACAUGAACAAUAUUUACUACGAUCAGAAAAUGCAUGAAUCAUUUUUGAGCAAUAUCCAUAGACAUUCUGCCACUUUUAUAGGUGUUCUUGCAUGUUGGACAUGCUUUAUCAACAUAAUGUUAAUAUGUGCGUGCUUAGCAAGCCAAAGAACGAAGUCAGACUCCUUCUAUUUGCAAGUAAUAAACUUUUCUGUCACAAACAUAAUUAUAAGUGUUUUCGUCCUGCCACUAACAGUCUACUACAUUCUUCACGUCUGGGAACUAGGUCAGCCACUAUGUAAAGUUUGGGUUAUUGCAGACAUUCUUUUGCCAUUUGUUGCUUUCUUAAUAUUGUUAAUCAUCAAUUGUGAUAGACUCCUCCACGCUUCCCAUCCCACACUUUACUCGUGGCUGUUCAAGGAAUCAUUGACCAAAGGUAUAAUUUGCACUCCAUGGGUUAUCGGUCUUGUUAUAGUUGUUCCUAUCUGGACGUCGGGUACAAUUCCGUUCGAUGAAAUGACAAAUCAGUGCGUCGUCAUAGUGGCAAUCGAAGCUGCAAUUGUGUGCCCAGUGCUGACAUAUUUUGUCCCUCUCGCAAUUCUAGGUUUUUUAACAUUCAGAAUGUUGCUAUUGAGAUUACAGUAUGCGUCGCUCCCGGCUAAUGUAUUCGAAACGGACAGAAACACAAUACACAAUAACCACUUUGAAUUAGAGGAAUCAACCACGACACCCUUGCACAAACCAGGAGACACGGAUACCCAAAGUUCUAACCAAGUGCAAAAGAGAAUCGAUCGACAGGAUGCUAACAACAGCAGUGAUGCAAGAGUAGGGGCAGCAUCAAAACUUAAAUCCUCUAAAAUCGUGGCGGUGUGCUUGGUAAACGUGGUGAACACCGUGUUAUGGUUCCCCUUCCAGAUCCUCAGUCUGCUUCUGUCGGUAUGCCAUUUUCAGUCUUGUAUUCCAUCUUUUGCGCUGAAUCAGGUCUUCACGCUCAUGGGCGCUGCCAGCGCCGGGGUCGUUCCACUCUUCUGGUUCUUUGAUACUGAACUGAGGAAGAACAUUGUCAAACUAUGUUCAAGAAAGCAAAAUAUGAAUCUGCAGGGAAGCGUUCACAGCGACAAAACGUGUAUUUAAUAAGGCAAUUGUCAAAUGUAAGAAUUGUUGUUUUGAUUUUCUCUUUUCUCUUUAAAUUAUCAUUGUAUUGUAUCAAUACAAAGAUUCUUACAAUUGUUGAGCAGGACUGGCGUUGUAUCAUGACCUUGUGUUACAUGAAUGAGACUAUUUGUAGGCAAUAAAAAUAUAAAUACGCUGUUAAUAAUUCAUACAACAUGACCGAUCUCUGUAAGGAAUAAGAACAUGGUAAACUGAUAAAAUUUGAGUUUAGCUGAGGGAUCGUUUUGUAUUAAUGAAAAUAUCCCUAUAGAAAUACAAGAGGUUUUGCGUUUGUGAUUCGAAAGGUUGCAUUCGACUCGAGUGUGUUUUAUAAAUAUUCGCAUUUCAAGAGGCGGUAGCGCUGGAAUAUUUCGCCAA